AUGUAUGUGUUGUCACUUGUCAUGGAUUUCAGCCAAAGUCCCAUGUCAAAUGGUGUCGUACCAAGAACCGUCCAGAUCAGCCCGCCAGGUGGAAAAGCUUUGGACGAAGCCGAGCGGAUCGCGGGCGUUCGAUCGCGUGCGGUUCGUGGCGCCGAAUCAACCAUCAUCUCUGUCUGCAUAAUUCACCUUCCACCUUCUGCCGAUGGAAACUGGAUCGACCGGGAUUUGUGGUUGCAGGAUCUGCAGACUGGAGAUGUUACCGAUGAAGAUUCUGCCAUUGCACAGUCUCUUCGAAGAAGGAUUGCGGACGACAUUCGUUCUACAUCUUUGGAGUUUGAGCCAUCUUACGGGGGAACCCUCGUCAACCUUUCAUUCGAAGAAGCCGGUCUAACCCCUUCCCUUUUUGCCGCUCUUGAAAAGGAAGGCAUAACGCCCGGCUAUAUACCCUACUCUCCGGACAACGGCAUGGUGACCUUCACCGCUUCAACCUGA